CAAAGUCUAAUGCAAAUCAUUUCUUUAAUAACAUAAAUACUUAUGAAGUUUCUGGUGAAGCUCUCUACGGUACCUUAUAAAAAGCAUAGUAGUAGCAGUCAUGAACCAUGAUCAAAAGUGAAGAAACAAUUUAGAGAAGAAAAUGGGCAACAACAGCAGCAACAAGAACAUAGCAAACAGCAGCAACAGCAGCAUAGAUAACAUCAGCAGCAACACCAGCAGCAUAGCAAAUAAAUGGAAACAACUCAGCGGCGAAGACCAUUGGAAAGGACUAUUAGACCCUCUCGACAUCGACCUACGACGUUACAUAAUCCACUACGGCGAAAUGGCACAAGCAACCUACGAUGCUUUCAACUCAGAAAAAACAUCAAAGUAUGCUGGUACUUGUAGGUACGCAAAAAAAGAUUUCUUCCCAAAAGUCUAUCUCGAAAACGGAAAUCCAUUUAAAUACACUGUGACAAAGUAUAUCUAUGCAACUUCCCAAAUAGCUGUUCCUGAAGCUUUCAUUGUGAAGUCUUCUUGUGAUGAUGUUUGGUGUAAGGAAUCAAAUUGGAUCGGGUACGUCGCUGUGGCUACUGAUGAAGGGAAAAAGGCCUUGGGGAGAAGGGAUAUCGUCGUCGCUUGGAGAGGAACGGUUCAGACAUUGGAAUGGAUUGAUGAUCUUGAGUUUCUUUUGGUUCCUGCUCCUAAAGUGUUUGGUCAUAACAAUGUUGUUGAUCCUAAAGUGCAUCAAGGUUGGUACUCCAUUUAUACUUCUGAAAAUCAACAGUCUCCAUUCAAUAAGACCAGUGCCCAAGAACAGGUUUUAACUGAGGUGAAAAGGUUGGUGGAAAUAUACAAGAAUGAAGAAACAAGCAUAACUAUAACCGGCCAUAGUUUAGGUGCUGCACUUGCAACUCUAAACGCGGUGGACAUUGUUACAAAUGGUUACAACAAACCAAGUGACCCAUCUCUCAAGGCAUCACCAGUUGCAGCCAUAAUAUUAGCAAGUCCAAGAGUUGGUGACAAAAACUUUCUAAAGGCAUUUUCUAGUUGCAAAGAUCUUUCGAUAUUACGCGUCGGAAAUGAGUUAGAUAUUGUACCAAACUAUCCUUUGAUUGGGUAUUCAGAUGUUGGGGAAGAGUUGAAAAUUGACACAACAGAAUCUAUGUAUUUGAAGAGUUCUGUGAAUCCGUUCAGUAAGCAUAGUUUGGAGAUUUAUUUGCAUGGAGUGGCGGGGACACAAGGGAGUAAAGGAGGGUUCAAACUUGAGGUUAAUCGUGAUAUUGCACUUGUUAAUAAAUCUAGGGAUGGUUUAAAAGAUGAGUAUCAUGUACCUGUGUCAUGGAAGGUUGUGGAGAAUAAGGGUAUGGUUCAACAAUUGGAUGGUUCUUGGAAGCUUGUGGAUCAUGAGGAUAAUGCUUAUUUUUAAUCAAUUUUUUAUAUAAUUCGAGUUGUUUUCGUUUUGGUUGCAUCGUUGACUUUGAGAGUCCAAUUGUUUAUGCUUCUGUUUUACUUGUUUGUGUUUAUGUUGAUUUUUUUUUUAGCUUGUUGGGUAUCUCUUGAUUCCCUAGAUUGAUUUCCCUUGUUUUUACUUUUUAUUGAGUCAGUCUUGUAUCCCUAGAUUGAUUUCCAUUAUGGACAUUCCAUAUAUUAAAUAAACUUUUAUUGAGAAAUGGUUAUUUCUAGCACA